CUGAUGUUGGGGAGGAUGGAGCAUACGCGGAAUCAAGCCCAGAUUUCUGAAGACUCCGUCCUGGAAACGACUGAGGGACGUUUCUGGAGGCACAAGAUACAGAAUUUCUUCGUGAGGCCAAAAAGCAGUGCACCGCUUAAGAUCCGGGCAACCUUCAACGUUGGCGGUGGUGACCUUGCCCGGUGCCUGGGAAAUGCUGGUCCUCGAGGUUUACAGCGCCCACCAGCUCCGGGCUGUGCCACGGCUCACAGCCGCCAGGCCCUGAGCAGCGUCCACCGGGACACCCUCGGCAGCCCCCCGGCCCACAAGCGUUUGCUGCCCGAGCCCGCUCUGCAGUGUGUGAGGAUGUGUGUCCCUGUCGGGGGGCUGCUUGCUGCCCUGGCCAUGGUGUUCGGGAUGGCGGUGGCCUUUGCACCCAAGCCCCGGAUCACCUGGGAGCACAGAGAGGUGCACCUGGAGAAGUUUCACGAGCCAGGCAUCUUCAACUACUCGGUGUUGCUGCUGAGCGAGGAUAAGACCACCCUGUACGUGGGGGCCCGGGAAGCCGUGUUUGCCCUGAGUGCGCACAAUGUCUCCGAGAAGCAGCAUGAGGCCUCCUGGAAGGUCUCGGAAGAUAAAAAAGCAAAAUGUGCUGAGAAGGGGAAGUCAAGACAGACGGAAUGCCUCAACUACAUCCGCGUGCUGCAGCCGCUCGGCCCCCGCGCCCUGUACGUGUGUGGGACCAACGCGUUCCAGCCGGCCUGCGACCACCUGGAUUUAACGUCCUUUAAAUUUCUGGGGAGAAGCGAGGAUGGCAAGGGCAGGUGCCCCUUUGACCCCGCACAGAGCUACACGUCCGUCAUGGUUGACGGGGAGCUGUAUUCCGGGACCUCCUACAACUUUCUGGGAAGUGAGCCCAUCAUCUCCCGAAACUCAUCCCACAGCCCUCUGAGGACGGAGUAUGCGAUACCGUGGCUAAAUGAACCGAGCUUUGUCUUCGCUGACGUGAUGCGAGAGCGUCCAGACGGCAUGGACAGCGGGGAUGACCGCGUCUACUUCUUCUUCACCGAGGUGUCCGUGGAGUACGAGUUUGUGUUCAAGCUGAUGAUCCCGCGGGUGGCGCGGGUGUGCAAGGGGGACCAGGGCGGCCUGCGGACCUUGCAGAAGAAGUGGACGUCCUUCCUGAAGGCCCGGCUGAUCUGCUCGCGGCCGGACAGCAACCUCGUCUUCAACGUGCUGCAGGACGUCUUCGUGCUCCGGGCGGAGGGCCUGAAGGAGCCGGUCAUCUACGGGGUCUUCACCCCGCAGCUGAACAACGUGGGGCUGUCGGCCGUGUGCGCCUACAACCUGUCCACCGCCGAGGAGGUCUUCUUGCGCGGGAAGUACAUGCAGAGCACCACGGUGGAGCAGUCCCACACCAAGUGGGUGCGCUACAACGGCGCGGUGCCCACGCCCAGGCCCGGGGCGUGCAUCAACCGCGAGGCGCGGGCGGCCAACUUCUCCAGCUCCCUCAGCCUGCCGGACAAGACCCUGCAGUUCGUCAAGGACCACCCCCUGAUGGACAGCUCCGUGACCCCGAUAGACAACAGGCCCAGGCUCAUCCGAAACGACGUGAACUACACACAGCUCGUGGUGGACCGGACCUGGGCUCUGGAUGGGACCCCCUACGACGUCAUGUUUGUGGGCACAGACCAGGGCACCCUGCACAAAGCCGUCAGCCUGGAGAACGAGGCCCACAUCAUCGAGGAGACACGGCUCUUCCAGGACCUCGAGCCGGUGCAGACGCUGCUGCUGAAUUCUCAGAAGGGCAGCAAGUUCAUCUACGCGGGCUCCAGCUCGGGCGUGGUGCAGGCCCCCGUGGCCUUCUGCGAGAAGCACGCCACCUGCGAGGACUGCGUGCUGGCCCGCGACCCGUACUGCGCCUGGAGCCCGGCCGGCCAGGCCUGCGUGGCCCUGCACCCGCCGGACCGCCGCGGCAGGGAUCUGCUCCAGCACAUGAGCGGGGACACAUCUGGCUGCCCGAAUAAGACUAAAGGAACUUUGCGGCAGCAUUUUUUCAAGCACGGCGGCACGGCAGAACUGAAAUGCUCCCCAAAGUCCAACCUGGCCCGGGUGGUGUGGACGUUCCAGAACAACGAGCUCAAGGCCGAGGGCCCCAAGUACGGCCUGGUGGGCAGGAAGGACUUGCUGGUCUUCAACCUGUCGGAGGGAGACAGCGGGGUGUACCGGUGCCUGUCGGAGGAGAGGCUCCGGAACAGGACGGUGCUGCAGGUGGCGGCCAGGCACGCUCUGGAGGUCAGGGUGCUCCCGCGGACCCCCGCGGCUUCCACCGCGCCGACCACCCACGCCGAAGGGGACAGGACCCCCCUCAGAGUGUCAACGGAGCCCACCCCAGGCCCCCCAGCCCAGACGCCGGCGGUGCUGGGCCCCACACUGGGGGCCGUGGCCCCGCCGCCCAGCCCCGCGCCCAGCCCCGCGUCGUGCAAACCCAAGACCGUGGUGAACACAGUGCCGCAGGUGCACUCGGAGAAGACCGUGUAUCUCAAGUCUGGCGACAACCGCCCACUCAUGGUCCUCUUCCUGCUCUGCUUCGUGCUCUGCCUCGGCCUCCUCUCCUACAACUGCUACAAGGGCUACCUGCCCGGCCAGUGCCUCAAGUUCCGCUCCGCCGUGCUGCUGGCGAAGAAGCAGCCUGCGGCCGACUUCUCCGAGUUCGAGCAGAGCGUGAAGGAGACACUGGUGGAGCAGGGCAGCUUCUCCCAGCAGAACGGGGCACAGCCGCGGCCGGCCCUGGACACCGGCUACGAGACGGAGCAGGACACCACGGCCAGCAGGGCGCCCACCGACAGGGAGGACUCGCAGCGGCUCGACGACCUCCCGGGCCGGGACAGGCCCUUCGACGUCAAGUGUGAGCUCAAGUACGCCGACUCGGAUGCGGACGUGGACUGA